AUGUCCACAUCACUAGUGUGACUUAGAAUAUAUUAUUACUUUGUCAUGUUAUGUUUUCCCCGAGUGUCGCGUAAUUUGAUUUGACCAAAGGGAAAGGAAAGUAAGUAGGUAAUAGGCAUAACAUGACAGACUGUAGUUCAUAAUGUCGUUAAUUAAACUAGAAACCAUAAUUUAAAAAUAGCCCAGUAAUCAAUAAAUUCGUAAGUGUUCCAUUUAAAUUCAUAUGUGCACGUAGCUCAUCAAUAAUUGUGUAAACUAUAAACGUAAACAAAGAUGGAUAUGGAUAUCAUAAAGUGGAGCAACAAAGAAGUUCUCGAGUUAUUACAAAAAGAGAAGAUUUCAGGCUUCAUAACAGAUAUCUGCAAGGCACAAGAUAUCGAUGGUCAGUGUUUGCUUGCCUUUGUUGACCGGGAUUUCUACGAUUAUCCCUUCGACCAGCUGAAAUUGGGUGAACGAAAGAGAUUUAUCUUAUUAGUGAAAAAGUUACAAAGAAAUAAUCGACAUGCUAUGUAUGAACUUGGAUUGUGUGAGGACCAAACGUUUAAUAAUUCUGCUACUAAUAUAAAUUUCGUUGGCACCAAUUUAUCGCAUCUAAGCUAUAGACUUCACAAACAGUUACAGAAUGAGUUAAAUGCAAGAAAUACUGAGUGUAUCUCUAAUUUUACCCCAGAUGUGAAAGCUUCCAGAUUAAAACCUGAAGUGUGGAAAACUGCAAUAGCUUUAGGUUAUGUUUUCCUGGUGACCUGGGUGACUGCUGUUGUAAUGGUAAUUGUUCACGACAAGGUCCCAGAUAUGAAAAAGUAUCCUCCACUGCCAGAUCUUUUCCUUGAUAAUGUGCCCCAUAUACCAUGGGCUUUUGAUAUGUGUGAGAUCACGGGGUCCUUCCUGAUGGCCAUUUGGCUUGCUGUGCUCUUCUUCCACAAACACAGGUUUAUCAUUCUAAGGAGAUUCUUCGCAUUGGCCGGCACAGUGUUCCUGCUGCGCUGCUUCACGAUGCUUAUAACUUCUCUGUCGGUGCCGGGCUCGCACCUCAAGUGCGAGCCGCGGUUCUACCCGCCGGCGGACGACCUGACCGUGUGGGGCCGGCGACUGCGCCAGGCCUACGACAUAUGGAGCGGCGCAGGCAUGUCCGUCCGCGGCGUGAGAACCUGUGGCGACUACAUGUUCUCCGGCCAUACAGUCGCCUUGACACUCCUCAAUUUCUUUAUCACUGAAUACACGUCUCGCAGCCUGUACCUGCUGCACAUCCUGACGUGGGUGAUGAAUAUGUUCGGCAUAUUCUUUAUACUGGCGGCGCACGAGCAUUACUCCAUAGAUGUGUUUAUUGCCUUCUACAUCACGUCGCGCCUGUUCCUCUACUACCACACGCUCUCCAACAACCAGGCGCUUAUGCAGAGCGACUCCUCUAGAACUAGAAUAUGGUUCCCGCUGCUGUCUUUCUUCGAAUCCGAAGUCGACGGCAUCGUUCCAAACGAAUACGAGGGACCGGUGGAAAUCGUGAGCAACUUGAAGCAGUGGCUCAUACAGCUCGUGAUAGACGUGAAGAAUACUUCGAUGGCAAAGAUCGCGGGCACCAAGCUGCAGGAGGGCGCCGCGAUGGGCGAGUACUCCGUCGUCAAGCUCGUCGACGGUAUCAAGAGGAACCUGAGCUUGAUAGAAGAGUACAAGAGCUCGCGCCAGCGGCUCAUGACGCUCGACAAGAAUGUUCAGGCCGGCCUUCUCGAAGAAUUACCUGACAGUGAUCUCAGACGCAGGAAUAUCACUGAUCUCACAGGCGACGCCCUCUUUAGAGAAUUCAGCAAUCCCCCAUCUCCCAUCAUGAAAAAAAAUAUAUGAGCUAUAUAGGCGUCACUGGCCGCUUGUAAUAUUUUUGUAGCUGAAUUGUAGAUUGUCAAGAAUCUAGAUACCUGAGCGUUCAACAUUUCCAUUAUAGAUUUUAUAUCAUGUUAUUCCAUAUUUAUAAUGUUAAGUUAAAUGUGUAGAAAAUUACAAAGAUUUAUUUGCUCAAGAUAAUCAUGAAAAUAUAAAGUAUGCUUAAAUUAUUCAA